UUCUCGGAGAAACAGCGUCGUCCACGUGCUUCGCUACAAAAAGAUAUAUGAUAAAAUGAAGACAUUGAAGGGUGAAAACAAGAUGCGGCCUAUAAAUGCUAAAAAUGAAAAUAAAAGAAGUUUACUCGUCGCGCAAGAAAUUAAAAUGGCGCGAUUGUUAACCAAUACUGAUAAAAAAAUAAGGGAUAAGGUGUUAAAAAGAUUGAAGAAGUGGUUAACAGUACGAUCGCAAAGUUCAUUUGAUUUUACAAAAACAGACUUUAUGAGCUUGUGGAAAGGUCUAUUUUAUUGCAUGUGGAUGUCUGAUAAAAUGUUGAUUCAGGAAGAGUUAGCAGAAUCGCUUAGUAAACUUGUACAUUGUUUCAAUUCAAAGGAUACUAUUAUACUUUACACCAGUUCUGCUUUGAUGACACUUGCUAUUGAAUGGUUUGGCAUAGAUCAAUAUAGAUUAGACAAAUUUUCAAUGUUGGUGAGAAGAAUUCUUCGUCAAACAUUUGUGAUCUGUAAAAAUAAUUCAUGGAAUAUUGAAUGGGUGACAGAAAUGUCAAAAAUGUUUUUAGAAGUGUUCUUACAUCCAAAAACUGGUUUAGGAUUCAAUUUGCAUAUGACAGAAAUAUAUUUAGAAGAACUUGCAAAGGUUAGCAAUGGAAAUAUACCAGAAGAUGUUGUCCAUGAAUUUAUUAAACCAUUUGUUAUAUAUCAAAUGACAACAGAUGAUGAACGACAAAUAAAACAUAUCAUGCAACAUGUCUUUAGAUAUUUGAUAUUUCAGUCAGACAUAGGUUUAGAUUAUUCAGAAAAAUUUACAGCUUGGAAAAAUGCUGGUUUUCCUUGCGCACAUGUGGAUAAUAUGCAAAAAAUUGAGGAAGACACAGAGAAAAAUGUUGAUGAAAAUGAAAGUCAGCUUUUAGAAAGUAAAAUGCAAAAUGAAAUUGAAAAACCUUUAGACCCAAGAGCAGGUAGAGUAAAUGUGGAAUUACCACAAAUACCUUUCAAUGCUGUAAAAAUUAUUGAACUGCUUUCAUCACAUCAAUUUCAUCCAUCAUCUAAGGCAAAAUCACGAAGACAAGUUUCAAGACUUAUUCAAGAGUAUAGAAUUAUCAGAGGGAAAAUGCCUCUUGGAAUAAAGAAAGUUAGGAAACCAAAUUUGCAGAAACAAGAUUCGAAAAAAGAAUCGAAAAAAGCUACAUUGCGCCUCAUUCAAUUUGAGAAAAAAUUAUUCUCUGACAAUAUUAACAAAAAACAAAAAAGAAAAAGAACUAGAGACUCUGUUAGUGAUACAUCUUUAGAGUUGAAUUCUAGUACAGGCACUAUUGAUUCAAAAAGUGAAUCAGUUAAUACAGAGAUUAUAAAGCCUAACUCACAGGAUACAGAUGCAAAUAUAGUGCCAGCUAAGAAACGGAAGAGUAAUUUAAUAUGUGAGGAACUUGAUAAUAAAAAUAUAAUUAUCAAAAAUAAGAACAAGAAAAAGCAAGAAACAAAAGCGCAUAAAAAAUUUAAUAAAACUAAGAAGAUUCAAUUGAGCCCAGUAGAUGAUACUCUUAUAGCAGAUAAUGUGAAAUGUAAACAAAAGAAAACGAUAUUGCAUGAGAAACAUAAAAAACAAUAUUCUGUCUCACCAGUUUCAAAGAAAAAUUCAAUUAAAGAAGCUACGAAUAAAAAAUCCUUAGCCCUCAAACAGACAAUGUUGGAAAAAAAUGUUAAGCGCAACGAUCAAGGAAUCCAGUUGAAAGAUAAAUUAUUAAAUCAGAAAAAUAAACAAACAAAUUUAAAUAAUUCCCCGGGGGGAAAAAAAGUAGUCUUCAGUCUCUUACGAAAUACUGCACAACAUACAUCAGAAUAUCUUCAGCAAGUUCGUAAAAGCCCGGCUAUUCCUUUUGACGCAAAAAAGAAACCGUUAGCUGGUGUACUCAAAAUGAGUCCUAUAACGAGUCCACGCAAUCCAUUCUAUAAAAGAAAAUGAGUUUAGGGAAUUUUAUUUUUCUCCAAUUU